AUGGGGAAGCGACAGAGUUCCCUCGAAUCCCCGGGAGCCUGCGGGCAGACAACGACGAGCAGGCGGCUGUCGCUGGGGGAAGAUAUCUCGUCCAAGACUACGUUUCCCAGCGGCUCCUCCCUGGGCCGCACAUGCUCGAUGCGGCUCCCGGCGGUUCCCGGCUCCUCCCGGCUCCUCCCGGCGCGGCGGGGCAUCCUCUCGGGACCCUGUCUCGGGAGCGCACGGCCGGGCCCCGCCGCCGGCGCGGGCCCCCCGGCUCGGCCCGGCAGCAUGCCCCGCGGGCGAGCCUGGUCGCAUGAGGAGGUCAGCAGCCUGCUGUCGCUGGUGGAGGGCUCGGGGCAGGUCGCGCUGCUCAUGGCCUCCACGUCGCGACCCAACCAGGAGCUCUGGCGGGAGAUCUGCCGCAGUCUGGCGAAGGCCGGCUACGAGCGCAGCGUGGCCCAGUGCCGCUCCAAGUGGAAGGCGCUCAAGCAGGCUUUCCACUUGGAGCGGAAGACGCGCCGCAGGUCAGGACACCACUCGGGCCGGAUGUCACCGCAUUACCGAGCCAUGAAGAGCAUCUGGGAGGCGGCCGGGCGACCCGUUUUUGGCGAGCGGAGGGUGCCAGACUCGAUGAAGCUGCUGUCCAGAAAGCACAGGUCAGCCCUUGCCAGGCGCUCUUCAUCUUCACCAGAGGCAGCAGCUGCUUCUGCAGAGUACGACGGUGGCAAGGAGACCUGCAGCACGCUGUCACUGGCGCUGCAGCGUGAGAAGGACAGGCCAGAAAGUAGCUGUUGCACUGACCUGAAGCACAGAGGAGCUGAGGGAGAGGCAGGUUUUCCUGGUGAGACGUCCCUGGGGAUGGGAAGAGGAAACCAAAUGAUGCCACUAGCUACUGCAGCCACAUGCUCCCACGGGACAGCAGCCAUGAGUGAGCAGCCAGCAGAAGGUGAAGAUGAAUCAGACUCAAGCCUGCAUGCGUCUGGCAUGGCGGGAUUGCUCCAGAAUAUCCAGCAAUUGCUGGUGCAGAUCCUGCAGACAUCACGGCAGCAGCAGGCACUCCUGGAGAGCCUGGCCAGUGACACAGUCUCCCACCUCCACCUCCUCUCCCACAGCCUCGUGCAGAUGGGUGAGACCCUGCACCAACUCCUGCUUCGGCCGCAUACCCAUCCUGUUCCCUUUAGCCAGUACAUUCCCCACAUUCCCCUUUUUGAUUAUGGCUCUGGAGUGCCCUGCUCCCCUGGUACUCCCUACACUUCUCCAGAUCACAAAGAGGAGCCUUAGCUGUCCUGUGAUGCCAGGUGCUUUUCCCUAUGAGUGCCACCAUCGCUGGCUCCAGGAGCAGCAGCCUUGCUACAGAGCCAUGGCACAAAUCUUUAUAUCAGAGGUUCCAGAUAUUUUGAAAGUUUAUACUAGAGAGAAAUUUUGAUAAAAUAAAAAAUAGCUUUUCUACCA